AUUCCAAAAAUCCGUGACCCAGAAGUACUUAGUUAUUCUUGCCUGCUUCACAGCGGUAUCACUGAGGAAGAAAGAACAGAAGGCGACAGGAGUGAAGAAAGGAAUCUGCCUGCUGGACAACAACAACAUUGACAGCACCUUCAAAUAUGGCAGAAGUUGAGGAGACACUAAAGAGAAUUCAAACUCACAAAGGUGUAAUUGGAACAAUAGUUGUUAAUGCCGAGGGUAUCCCAAUCAGAACUACCUUAGACAACUCCACUACGGUGCAGUAUGCUGGUCUGCUGCACCAGCUCACUAUGAAAGCCAGGAGCACAGUCCGAGACCUCGACCCUCAGAACGACUUGACCUUCCUCCGCAUCCGCUCCAAGAAGCAUGAGAUCAUGGUGGCACCUGACAAGGAGUAUCUAUUGAUAGUCAUCCAGAACCCCAGUGAAUAGCCCCAGGAUGUUCCUGUGAGAGUCAGGCUAUAGCUCCUCACACACUGAUCUUUCUCAAGAAUAUAUGUUUUGUUUAACUGAACCACACUUUUUGCUUUCUUUGUAUUUUCUUUGUCUACUUUUGAAACUCUGCAAUAUGAUGCCUUACUCUAUAUACUAAUUAUCUUUCUUAGCCAUUGUUGUCAAUUCAAAACAAUAAACAAGGAUGUCAUAACAA